AUGGCUUCUCCUUCUCUGGACGAGUACGAUGUCAUCUUCGCCGGUGCCGGUACUAGCGGAGGCGUAGCCGCAGGGCGACUUGCUGCAGCCGACCCAUCCUUGAAGAUCCUGCUCAUUGAGGCAGGCCCUCAUGUCAGGGAGGACGACAACUUCGUCCAGCCUGCCAAGUGUCUCAGUCACCUUCGCCCCGACAACCCCAUCUGGAAGGUCCAUGUCUCCAACGUAAGCGAAUACCUGGGAGGGCGGUCCCAGAUCGUCACUUGUCCUCAUGUCGUCGGCGGAAGUUCAAGUGUUAACUUCACGUUGUACAACCGAGCAGUCGCCUCGGACUUCGAUGACUGGGAACAGGUACACAAGAACCCUGGAUGGGGUGCCAAGGAUCUGGUCCCACUCCUCAGGAAGACUGAGACGUAUCAAGUCGCCCCUGGAAAGGAUGACAUUCACGGUUACUCUGGGCCUCUGAAGGUCUCGUAUGGGGGUAAGUUCACGAACGUUGGCCGAGAUUUUCUCGACGUAGCCAAGGGGUUCGACACCGCUCGCGAACACUCCGACGACCCGAACAAUAUAUACGUGUCGAAUGUGUACGGGAGAAUGCAGAAAUGGAUCGACGGUAUGACAGGAAAGCGGUCCGACGUCGCCCACCACUACCUCUACAAUCACACAAACACUACGGGUCUCGAGAUUCUCACCGGGUCGCUCGUAAAGCGAGUCAUCUUUGAGGGCAAGCGCGCCGUCGGGGUCGAAUACGUCCCGAACCCAGUAUUCCAGCCUGAUGCAGACAAGACACAGGUCAGGACCGUCCGCGCGAAGAAACUUGUCGUCAUCUGUGCCGGGACCUUUGGCUCGCCUGGCAUUCUCGAGCGCUCUGGCAUCGGUGCGAAGGACGUCCUCGGGAAGGCAGGCGUCCCGCAGAUCGUCGACUUGCCGGGUGUCGGCGAGCAUUAUCAAGACCACUCAACGCUCUUUCCGCCUUACCUUGCGACUGCCGACUCGUUCACCCUAGAUGGCAUUGGCCGCGGAGACCCUGAGGAGACCGCCAUGUGGCAUCAGCAGUGGGUCAAGGACGGCCAAGGGAUGAUGGCUCACAAUGGCAUGGAUGCAGGAAUUAAGUGGCGACCGAACGAGGAAGAACUAAAAGAAAUCGGCCCCGAGUUCGAGCAGCGCUGGAAAGAAUACUUCGCCGACAAACCCGACAAGCCCGUCUUCUACUUCUGUCCUCUAUCCAUGUUCGUCGGCGACCCGUCCUCUGUCCCGCCGCGCAAGUACUUCUGCCUGGGCUACUUCCCCGCGUACCCGAAGGGCAUGGGGCACGUCCACAUCAACUCAGGCGACGACGUGCACGCGGCGCUCGACUUCGAGACUGCGUACUGUCGCGCCCCGGAGGACAUGGCGCUGCUCAAGUACGGGUACAAGCUCACGCGCGAGUAUGCGCGGCGCAUGCCGUGCUACGAGGGCGAGUACACGCCUCACCACCCGCUCUUCCCGUCGGGCAGCGCCACGCUGUGCGCGCAGAACGUCGCGCCCGUCUCCGUCGACGCGCCGCGGCUCGUGUACACCAAGGAAGACGACAAGGCGCUCGAGGCGCACUUGCGCAAGUUUGUCGUCACUGCUUGGCACUUCAUGGGGACUUGCGCGAUGAAGCCGCGGGAGCAGGGGGGCGUCGUCGACUGCAACCUCAACGUGUGGGGUGUUGAGGGUCUCAAAGUUUGUGACCUGUCUGUCCCGCCAUCAAACGUGUGCGCGAAUACGUACUCUACAGCACUUCUCGUAGGCGAGAAGGGUGCGGUCAUUAUCGGCAACGAGCUCGGGAUUAAGGCGUAAAAUUAGGGCCUCGACUGCAGCUUACGAAGACUACGCACUAAACCGCUCGCCGGCGCUAGACGCCCCUUGUUGUGUAUACAGAAUUAUACGCAUUGUACCUACGGAUAGAGUCAUUGAACUCAUAUCGCAAACAAGAGAAACAAGUCUCUAAUCACUGUUCUUUUCGUCGUUCUUCGCCUGGACUUACUAGUGGCAUAUCCAUCAACAUGUGGCGCCUUGGACACAUACAGUGUAGGAUCACUCCUUGGGACAGCACCAUUCCUUGGGAUACACUACUUUCUGCCCUCACAUCCUGUCGGGCCUAUCGCCACCAUUUUCCUGUAAAUAAUGCAUUUGCAUCUAUGUGCCAUUAGGAAAUCGGAGCCCUCCGGUGAUUGUAGCAUAGACGGGGGAGCACAGAACCUUGAAAAUCGUCGAGCAUUCACGCCGGUUUG